AUGCUCAAUGCCAAGAUUGCACAAGCCACUAAGGGUGAGCAAAAGUUGAUGGCAUACAAGUCAUUUGGUUGUGAUGUGGAGGACAAGUUCCACUUGACCAUACAUGGCUGGCCACUAGACACUAUCACAAAUCCCUCAGAUAUCAAGAAUGUGCCCCAGCUUGCCAAGGUCCAUGAAGCACUCAAGGAUGGCAGGUGCUUCUUCCACAAGAUGACCAUGGCUGAGCUCCAGCACCGAGUGACUAGAAGGCUCAAAGAGACCAAGAGCAAGGAGAAUGUUGUUGGGCUGCUGCCAACCACAAGAGACACUCACCCCAUUGGAGAAGCCACAUCUUCCUGUGGCACAGACAUCAACCUGUCUGGGGUGAAGCCUAACUUGGAUCUAUUGCAUGUGGUUGGUCCUCAACCAAGAAAGUGUGCACAGCUUGCCCCCCCUCCUGCAGGGACACAACCCAAGCCCACCACACUGGACCUGAUGGUGUUCUUGCCUCAGCCUCUCCAGGCACUGGAUGUCAAUGUGCUCAAUGUUGAUGCCAGCCUGUGGGAUCUUAUGUUUGAGCCUCCAAGGCUUCCAAUAGCGGAUAUUGUAGACAAUCUCCCUGCUGCAGCCAAGAAUGCAACUGAGCGACAAGUGCCUGUAACAGAUCUCGAAAAGCUGCCUAGUCUGUUUCAGGAAGUCAAGGCCAUCCGGCAAGAGAUCGCUUCGGUCAACUCUGAGCGGAAUCGACUGGCCGACAGAAUUAAAUCGCUCUCCAAAGACAAGUCUGAGGCAGGUUCAGAAGAGAAAACCUUAGCUAUUGCGCAAGCACGAACCCUACGAGAAACAGGGCAACGAUUGAACGACGAGCAUGAACAACGGCAGAAAGAGCUGCAACAAAUUGCCCUCUCCAUCCCAAAUUGGUCGCACAAAGAUGUCCCGAUUGGCGGAUAUGAUUGCAUCAAAGAAAUAUCGCAUGGUGGUCCCGAGCCUAUCAAUCUGGACGGAAAUCGAGAACACACCAAGAUCGCUGCAGACCUAGGUCUUCUGGACCUUCCCAGCGGCUCCAAGGUCACUGGGUACUCGUGGUAUUAUCUCCUCAGGGAGGCCGUCGCGCUCGAACAAGCACUAGUCAACUAUGCACUUUCAGUGGCAAGCUCUAAUGGCUGGACGAUGGUCACUACACCUGAUGUCAUCAAGGCGGACCUGGCUCAACGAUGUGGUUUCCAGCCGAGGGAAGACGAAGCUGGCCAGACAUAUUUUGUUGAAUCUUCGAGUGCUCGAGCGAAGAGAAAAGAGAGGGAAGAAGUAUCCUCUCAUCGUGGUGGGAUCAUGCCCGAUUCUUCUGCAGCUGAGGCUGAGCGAGAAGCCCUGGUUUUGGCUGGAACUGCUGAAAUCCCGUUAGCUGGUCUCUUUGCCUUCAAUACCUACAACAAAGACGACCUUCCGAUGACCGUUGUGGGUCUUGGGAAAGCAUUCAGAGCCGAAGCGGGCGCCCGUGGUGCCCAGACAAGGGGUAUAUACCGUGUGCACCAGUUCACCAAGGUAGAACUCUUCUCCGUCACCGCCUCCGACUCCAGCGAGCAAAUGAUGGAGACGAUGCUGUCUUUGCAAAGGCAAAUCAUCGAUGGUCUCAAUAUACCUUAUCGUGUUUUGGACAUGCCGACGGAGGAGCUGGGAGCGUCUGCUUGGCGUAAAUAUGACAUAGAAGCCUGGAUGCCUGGCCGUGGAGAGUGGGGGGAGAUCUGUUCUCUCUCCAAUUGCACCGACUAUCAGUCACGAAGACUCAAUGUUGAUUAUCUGUUGAGUAAAGAUACAGAGAGUCCGGAGACAGAAGACCCUCAACAAGGAAAACAGUCGAACAAACAGUUCUCGCACACUCUGAAUGGGACGGCCGCUGCUGUUCCUCGCCUCAUUAUUGCGUUGCUGGAGAAUGGCGCAGUCUUCAAAGAUGGCAAAGCUGUUACGUUACGAUUACCAGAGUCACUCCGAAAGUAUUGGAUUGGGCCUGAAGAGCGCAUUCGAUGGGUGGAGAAAGGACAGGGUCUAUCUUUAUCUUAAUUUCGGGAAAUUCUCGGAAUACAGUCGGCGUAUUCCUGUAUUCGAGCGAAAGUCCAGGAUAAGUCAAAUUCCC